UAUCGCAUCAAUGCGACGUAAAUUGAUUUUUCUGGCCGAGAUAUAUCGUGAGAGUCCACGCGCACACAUCGACCGGCAACGAUCGUACGAUGAUUCAAAGUAUUCGUCGAUGGAACGAUCUUCUCCAAAGAUUUCUGGUUCGUCAAAGAGUUUUAGACACGGUUCUGUGGGAGAAAGUGAACGAAUUAUGUCGAUUUCAAUUGUGAUCACGAUAAUGACGAUGAUAAUUGUUGGAAAUUAUGGAGCUUAUGAAAAGGAUAGAGUCCUCCGAUUGUUGGAUGUCCCUCGUCACUUCCGCCAAACGAAAGAACCACGAGAGACUCGAGGAUAUAUCGAGCAAUGUCGUGCCACGAAUCUUCGAAAGGAACAGUUGGGACAUGUAAAUGUGUUUGCGUUUUUGGAUCCUUCCUGGUAUUAUAGUUACCGGCAAGCAAUCAUGUUGGGAUUAUUGAAGAAACGAUUAGAGAAGUCCGGUUUUUCGAAUAUCUUGUUCUUCAUGGUAACGCCGCCGUCAGAUUUGCUGGAAGACAGCGCAGAGAACAAUAUAGAGAUAAAAGCGUGGAGGGAAAUGUCUAAAAAUACACAGGAGUUCGAGUAUUCCUUGGACUCGGUAGAAACGUUGUUCGGUGACAUUAAAAAAAAGAGAAAGGGCAUAAUUCUUCUUCAAGACACUUCCGAGUUGGGUAUCUGGAAAAGUUUUCAUGCAUCAAAAGACGAAGUGGUCAUUAUCGAUCGCUGCGGUAAAGUAACUUAUCAAAUCAUAGUACCCUGGAGUAUACUACAUUUCCCUUAUGUUAAAGCGGCCAUUCUCUCCACGUACAAGGAAGAUCCAUGUGGUCCUUGCUAUGGACAAUCAUCAACGGUACGCGAUUCGAUGGAUUAUGAAGAAUACCUUCUAAAAACUAUCAAUUCAGAUGAAACAAAAAUAGAUGAAGAUCUUGAUACGCAGACAGACAAAGUAUUUUCCGAUUUAGAGACUAUAAAAACAUCUUCGGAAGAAUUAAAACAGAUUGAGGAUGAUAAAAAUACGAGUACUAUCGCUUCUUUCAACGCAAAUAUCCAUGAAAGUAUAGUUUAUGAUAUCACAACUGAAAUGACAACGGUACGAACUACAGGAAACAUGAAGAACGAUGAUAAUGUACGAGACAUUUUUUUUACCGAUAAAAAUAUUGAAAUAACUUCUGAAGUACCAUUGGAACAAGAACAAACUCCGAUACCAACUAUUAUAUCGAAUUUCACAACGACUGAAGUAUACAGUGAAAAACAAGAUUGCAUUUUUUCUAAUAAACAUGUAAAUAGUAAUAAUGAUGUUUCAUUUACAAAUACUGAUUUAAGAAGACAUAACAAAAACCUUCAAAAUGAACCGAAUAUUAGUUUAGAAGAGAUGAAAACGAAAGAACAUGAAGCAACAAAUGAGAGUGCUAAAGCUAAAGAGUUACAAAGUUCAAACGAUGAAAGUAUACCUUUACGUAUUAUAUUAUACGCACCACAUUUACACGAAGAAAAUGGAACGUUGAAAAAAUAUACGCACUUAGUUCUAAACACAGGAAGUCUUAAUUACCAUGGUCAUUUUAAUAGUAAGAGUACAACUUCUGAUCAAAAGCCAACAGCAUUUAAAAAAUCAGAUUCUGCGAUAUCAAACGAUAGAACGUUGGCUCAAUAUGUGCAUAAUGUAAACGAAAGUCCAGGAGUAUAUGGAGAGAUUGCAGAUUAUUGGCAAACUGUCGAUGGAAAUGAAUUGAAUAAUAAAAACGAAAAUGCAGAACUUACAGAUUAUGAUUACGUUACGGCAGAAGAUACAGGAAGUAAUAUUAACAAUGCUUUCAAUAAUGAAAGCAGUAUAUUAAGACCAAGCGAUAUCGAUGCAAUUGAUUCAGAUAUGAAUAUUAAAACUGGUAAUGAUUUGGAUGAUUUUACGCAACAAAGAUUAAUCGAACAUUAUAAUAAAUUAUUGACAUGGAUCUAUUACAUUGUUUAACAAAAAAAUCACAAUAUUUAUGAUAAACACAAAUAACAUAAAAAUAAUACACACGUUGUAUAUGUUUAAUAUACAUAUAUAAUCAUACAAUUAUAUAUGAUUGUAAAGUAGACACAAACGAAUCUUAUUUGUAUAUUUUUUUAUACACUAUUUCACAUAUAGUGUACAUAUAAGUAUAAAUAUUUUUAUGAACACAUAAGGUAAAAUCGUAAAGUUUUACUUACAUAUUGUAAGAAAAAGACCUUCAAAAACAUUAUUUUUAUAAAGAUUUUGUUCAAUAUAAAUUUUUAGGUAUACUUAUUUGUAAUUUCUUCUGGUUCACUCGCAUCAUCCGAAUCUAAACUAUCGCUAUUACUUGUUGUAGUGGUACUCGAAGUGCUGCUUUCUGAAUCAGUUUCCGAAUCAGUAUCGCUGCUGUCGCUCGAACUCGAACUACUCGAUAAUCUGUAUAAAACAUAAUUUAUACAUGCAUUAUUAAAAAUUAGUUCUAAAUCUUUUUUAUUGUGCAUUUCAUCCAUGCGCAAUGUGCGAAUAUAAUUUGUUAUUGUUUUGCUACAUAUCAUUGAUGAUAAGUUUACAGUUCGAUAUUUAUGUAAUUCAUCAAAGGGAUGUGCAUUUUAGUUAGUGUAUUACAUUAGUAUGUUUCAAAUAAAAAAUAUAUAUAUAUAUAA